AUGAGCCAGUCUUUUGAGCUAGCCAGCAGGAAGGCUAGAGAUGCUCAGCAGCGCCAGAAGGCCACCUAUGACCUUAAGGCUCGUCACGCAGUCUUGGAUAUUGAUGACCGAGUCUUGGUCAAGAUUUUAGCUUUCGAGGGGCGGCAUCAAUUGUGCAAUCGAUGGGAGUCUGAUGUUUAUGUCGUCGUGGGACAGGACAAUCCAGACAUUCCAGUAUAUCGAGUAAGGAAGGAGGACGGUCACGGCAAGGACAGGGUGUUGCAUCGGAACCAUCUACUCCCCAUUGGAUCUCUGCCCAUGGGGAAUAAGGUUGACAUGGCUCGGCCAUGUCCAGCACCUCGGACAGGGAUAACCCGGAGUCGGAGGUUGGAACCAGCUGUAGAGUCAGUCUCUGAUCACCAGUCAACGAUUGAUAGCGACGAUGAUUUUGAUGACAUGGGAGAAGAAGUAGCAACUUACAUCUCGAGGCCACCCAUACCGGAAGGGAGUUCUUCAUCCGCAGACGACUCGAGUUCAGAUGAUGAUAAUGAUGAUGAUGAUGACGAGUUGGGUGAGGAAGAACCGGAAGCUGGAGUUCAACCUGAACAUUUAGCAACGCCACCAGCCGAUCCAAUCAACGCUCCGCCUACUCAGGAUGUGCCACCAGCAGUACCAAUUCCCACUCCAGUACCAAGGAGAUCUACAAGGGAAAGGAAGCCUCCGAGUUGGAUGCAGUCUGGAGAUUUUGUCUGUAAACAGGCAUGUUUCCAAUCCGAGAUUGCUGAGUGGGAGAAGAAAGCUAUGUUUUUAAUUAACAUUACUGCAGGAGAUAUGUUUAAUCGAAUGUCUGAUGUUGCCAGGGAUACGUUGCUCCAUAUUUUGAAAUCUUAGGUAUGGAGUUUGUGUACCUGGGAUAUAUCUGUUUUUAUCGUUAUCAUUUUUUUCCUGAAUACAUUGUACAUUUUACUUGGUAUUUUCCAUUUGUUUGAUGGAGUUUUUUUGUGGAAGAUGUGAACAUCUUCUUUGAGAACAGGGAAGGAAGGUGUACAAUUUUUGUGUUUUUGAAUUUUUAUAAGAGUAUUAUCAUGUCGUUCAUAUUUUUUGAACAUGAUGGUCAUAUAAUAUGUGACUGCGAAUUGUAUUUUAAAGUUUUUGUAUAUGGGUAGUUUUUUGUAAGAACAUUGUGAUGCUGGAAAGAUGUGGACAUCUUUCAUACAAGGUGGGGAGAAUGUAACAGUUUCAUUAUUUAAUGACAUUUGGGUAUUAUUUAGAUUUAUCCAUUUUUGUACUACUGUGCAUGUACAGGCUCCGUAUUUAUCAUAUGUAUAUGUGUACGCAGUUGUAUCGUAUGCUAUUUAUAUAUAUAUGUAAAUCUGUUUAACAGGUCAGAGGUCAGAGUUAUUUUUAUAGUAGAGUGACCAUGGGUCAAUGCGCACCCGCGCUUUUUAGGGUAGCGUCACUCCCGUACUAGGCACCGUUGUGAGUGGACGUGUAUAUGUUGCGUCUAUAUAUUUAGCGCAUCCGUGUUGUACCAAUCUACAUCACUGUGAGUACUUCAUAAUUUCUAACUUUAAUGUAUAUUGUAUUGUAUGUAGUAAUAUUUGGAUAUGUUGAAUGUCAAUUAUUUCCUUUAUAAAUUAAUUGAAAUAAUUUACUUAUUGGUAAAGAUUGUCCAGAAAUUGAAUUUCCCGCCACUUUCUUAUUAUUUAUUCUGUGUGGAUAAACGUUUUGGUUUAGCUGAUAGGCGUUAUGCAUUUAGCCUUUUAUAUUAAACAUUGUAGUUAGUAUACGGUGCUAGUACAUGUUAGUAAAUAUUGUUUAUUUUAUUAUUGUAGCAUUUAUAUGCGCUGUAAUAUUGUACGGGUUGUCUCCCCGGGAGUCAAGCCCUCUUCGUCAAAUGAAGAGGGUGUUUUAUGGACUAAUAAAUUAUGAAUUGGAACUCAAGCGUUGGAGUCAUGGUGUAGACAAUUUGAAUAACCGACCCGGCUCAAAACGACCGGUUACACAAU